UUUGUUUUCCUCUGUUUUCUCUCUCCUCACUCACACAACCUUUCUCUUCCUAAAUUUUCAAAGUCCACCCUUACCUCUCUUUCUCUUCUUUCUUCACCACUAAACUAUAGUAGUAAUUCAGAAUGCCAGUUAAUCGUAGAAACCGUAACGGCACACUCACUGCCACCCCCAACCCUAACCCCAGACCACAACCACCACCACCAUCCUUCGUCAUCACCGUCGUCGACCAUUCCCUCCCAUACGACACCCACAACAUCUACUCCAUCACCUUCGAUUCAAACCCCCCUAUCCAAACCCUCCUAACCUCCACCCCCUCCAUAGUCGACACAUGGCUCCUCGACACCCUCCGUCUCCAAUCCCCCUCCCCCCUCCUCGUCGGCUUCGACAUCGAAUGGCGCCCUAACUUCCAACGCGGCCAAUCAAACCCCGCCGCCGUCCUCCAGCUCUGCAUCGACAACCGCUGCCUCGUUUUCCAAAUCAUCCAUUCCCCUUUCAUCCCUGACUCCCUCCUAACCUUCCUAGCCAACGCUAAUAACAGAUUCGUUGGAGUUGGGAUUAAAGCUGAUGUAGAGAAGCUUCUAGAAGAUUAUAAUAUCAGCGUCGCGAAUUUCGUUGAUUUACGGAACCUCGCUGCUGAUGUGUUGAAUGAUCGGGAGAUGUUGAGGACUGGUAUUAAAUCGUUGGCGCUGCAUGUGAUUGGGAAAUCUGUUCAGAAACCAAAGAAGGUUUCUAUGAGUAGAUGGGAUAAUGUUUGGCUUAAUGCUGAGCAGGUUAAGUAUGCAACUGUUGAUGCUUUUGUUUCGUUUGAGAUUGGUCGUCGUCUUUAUUCUAAUUAGAAUUGAUUUCAAUGUUUCGAUAAGACAAUUCAGUUGGUAGCUAUGCAUGAAAAAAUUGAUUUGGAUGAUUUAUGUGUUUUGUGUUUGGUUUUGUUUUAUCUCUGGUUUUUCAGUGCUGGUUAUUUAUGCAUACAUGAAUGAAUGUCUUAUAUUUGGGGGAUUUUUCUUUUGUGUUUGUGUUUAUGUGUUAAUGACGGUUAUUAUUGAUUGAUUUUGGAUUGAAGUAAUUAAUACAAUCUUAAGAUUAAAGAACAUGAUAUUACAGGCUCAUAAGUUGUUUUUCAACUUUUUUCCAUAAGCUCUUUAGAAUGAUUUACAAAUAUGUCAAAGGGGUCAUGUUAUAAUCAUGUUGGAGAUUGGAAGGGGUUACUCCCUCCGGCCUGAAAAAGAGAAUAUUUGCUUAUAAUUAUGGCCAGAGGGAGUAUAUAAAUACAUCACAUAAAUGCUUACAUCCGAAUGUCAUGCCAAGUGAUUAGUUUUGCAGGAUUGCUAGAUUGCACUCCUUAAAACAAAUUCAGCAUAUUUGAGCUAGAUCAUCACUUUAUUUUUAUUUAUUUUUCUUGAUUGCAAGCAUCGUUUUAAUUUGCGGUGCAACCACAAUUGCAAGGACAGGACAAUAUUGUUGAUGCGAUAGUUAUAGUCAGUGUUUUAAAAAAUGGUCUCAAACGCGUAAAAGUUUUCGCAAUUUCGGUCGGUAAAGAUAUCACGACAAUGAUUGCUGUUGUUGCGAAUU